AUGUCCAAACCAACUAUCGAGUCCUUAUUGGACACAGAUAUGUACAAGCUUACCAUGCACGCCGCUGUAGUCAAAAAUUUUCCAGAGGCAAAAAUCAUCUACAAAUACACCAAUAGAUCACCGCAGAUGACUUUCAAUGAAGAGGCUGUAGAAUGGCUUAAGAAGGAGAUCAAUCUUCUGGGUAACUUGAAAUUUACUACAGAGGAAAUAGACUAUUUGAAAGAGGCAAUUCCAUACCUUCCUGACGAAUAUUUGACUUUCCUUGCCAGUGGCCAAUUGUCCAUCAUCCCUUGUGAGCAAAUUGAAGUAUCAACAGAGCCUGCUGACCAGAAAGGUGGGCUGCAUAUCAACUUAAAGGUACACGGUUUGUGGAAAGACACCAUAUUGUAUGAAAUUCCCCUUUUAUCAUUGAUUUCCGAAGCCUAUUUUAAAUUUGUUGAUACCGACUGGAGCUACGACAACCAAGUGGAAAACGCCUAUCAAAAGGCUUGCACUCUGAUCGAACAUAACAUAAGUUUUAGUGAAUUUGGAAGCAGAAGAAGAAGGUCAAAAGAAGCCCAUGACCUGGUAAUGCAAGGAAUCAUGCAAGCCGUCAAGGAAAAAGGAGUAGAGGGCAGAAAAUGUUUUGCAGGUACAUCAAAUGUUUUGUUCGCAAAAAAGUAUGGAGUGAAGCCAAUUGGAACUGUUGCACACGAAUGGAUGAUGGGUAUCGCUUCUAUCACCGGGGACUAUGUGCACGCUAACCAAAAUGCUAUGGAAUUCUGGGUCCAGACAUUUGGAAAGGAAAAUGCAGGUUUGGCUCUAACGGACACUUUUGGUACAGAAGAUUUCCUGAAAUCUUUCAAGCCCCCUUAUUCAGAUUUCUAUGUUGGUGUCAGACAAGACUCGGGUGACCCUGAGGAAUACACUAAAAAAAUCUCGCAUCACUACAUGGAUGUACUCAAACUUCCAGCCUUCUCAAAGAUAAUAUGCUACUCAGACUCUUUGAAUCCGCAAAAAGCCAUAGACUAUGCACAAACUGCUCACAAAUAUGGUUUAAAGGCAACUUUUGGCAUCGGGACAAACUUCACAAACGACUUCCAGACCUCCACCGAUCCAUCCAGAAAUAGUGAGCCGCUUAACAUUGUCAUAAAGUUGUUGGAGGUCAACGGUAAUCAUGCGAUUAAGAUUUCUGAUAAUUUGGGCAAAAAUAUGGGUGAUCCUGAAACUGUCCGCCAGGUUAAGGAACAGUUGGGCUACGUCGAACGCACCUGGAAAGGUGAUAACGAAGCACACAGAUGGACUUCUUGA